CCAGCUUUCACCGCUAUAUCGCUCUCUCUGUCGCUCUGCGCCUCUGCCUCUGCCUCUGCGUCUGCGUCUGCGUCUGCGUCGCCACUUCCCAAGUCGCCGGCUUCCCGGCUUUCGUCUUCAAUUCUAUAACCGACCCAAUGGAGUCGAGUUUGGACCCGCUAGCUGCGGGUCAGUCGGAACACAUAUCAGGAACCUCGUUAUUUCACCGGAGAAUCGAUUUCCAUUUGGCCCGCAAAUCAUUCAAUGGAUUUGGGAAUUGCAGUGGAGGGUUUCGCCUCGAGACGCUCAACUCCACUUCCAAUUCAGCUUCGGUGCCCGGCAAAGCUCCUGCCCCGCCCAACCCUCCCUCCAAUAAGGGCAACGCCAACGAUGGCCUAGACUUUGAUCCGGAGCUCAGCCUCAACAUCACAUUCAGGAAAAUUAUGAGAAUUGGCGCUGGCUUAGAAAAUCUUGGAAAUACUUGCUUUCUCAAUGCAGUCUUACAGUGUUUGACAUACACUGAACCUCUAGCAGCAUAUUUGGAAAGUGGGAAGCAUCAAAAUUCUUGUCGUAAAGCUGGGUUUUGUGCUUUAUGUGCCAUCCAGAGGCAUGUGAGUCGUGCUCUUCAGGCAACAGGGAGAAUUCUUGCGCCAAAAGAUCUUGUUUCCAACUUGCGCUGCAUAUCUCGGAAUUUUCGCAAUGCUAGACAGGAAGAUGCACAUGAGUAUAUGGUGAAUUUGCUAGAAUCAAUGCAUAAAUGCUGCUUACCUUCAGGAGUUCCCAGUGAGUCUCCUGGUGCUUAUGAGAAAAGCUUGGUCCAUAGAAUGUUUGGUGGCCGCCUUCGCAGUCGGGUGAAGUGCAUGCAGUGUUCCUACUGCUCUGACAAGUAUGAUCCCUUCUUAGAUCUAAGUUUAGAAAUAAUCAAGGCAGAUUCUUUAUACAAGGCACUGGAACACUUCACUGCCCCAGAGUUGUUGGAUGGAGGUGAAAAGCAGUAUAGCUGUCAACAAUGUAAACAAAAAGUCAGGGCUCGUAAGCAGCUCUCUGUUGACAAGGCCCCUCAUGUCCUUACCAUUCACUUGAAGCGGUUUGGUUCACACUUACCUGGGAAGAAAAUUGAUAAGAAGAUUCACUAUGGUCCUGUUUUGGAUUUAAACCGUUUUAUGAGUAGCCCCCAUACUAGUGAUUUGAAAUAUACACUUUAUGCUGUACUAGUUCAUGCUGGCUGGUCCACCCAUUCUGGCCACUAUUACUGCUUUGUUCGCACUUCUAGUGGGAUGUGGUAUUCCCUUGAUGAUAAUCAGGUCUUCCAGGUGAACGAGAGAAAGGUGUUGGAGCAAAAGGCGUACAUGCUUUUCUAUGUUCGAGAUAGGAAAAGUACUUUGCCUAAGAGGCGUGUUGAUGUUGCACAUAAAGACAGCAAUUUAAUAAAUGGUGUAGGAAUUAAAGAGCAUAAAUGUGGUUCAACAAAGGAAGCUUCAAUAACUGCUGGAAUAUGUUCGCCUCUAACUGCUACUUUGGGUAAUGUCUCAGAUGGAACUCAUAAUAUUUUCAGAGUCCCAACUGCAAUGACGAGGCCUAUUGGUUGUGAUACAGAUGUUAGGACGAAAGAUGUAAAUGCCCCAAUCUCUGCUGUACUUUCUAAGUCGAAUAGUACCGUGGAUAAAGAUUCAAGUGGCUCUAUUGUACUGCCGUUAAGCUGCAAUGAGGAUGUAAUCAAUGAAAAGGAUUCAAGUGACAACUCCAGUCACAAACCAGACGAUGACAGUAUACUUAAAAAAUCUUUAGCUAGGUGUAGCAAGGGAAAAAGUGUUUCUGGAAAGGUAUUGGAACUUAGUGAGCAAAAACUGAAAGAGGCAGGCCAAUUAAAGUCCAAUCAGGAAUGCGGUGACGAUACUCAGAUUCACGUUUUCUCCAAGGGAAAUGGCAAUGAGACAAAUGGUUAUGUUACAAGUGAGAUUGGAUCUGAUAUAUUAGUUACACUAUCAGACCCUUUGAGGACAAGCAAGACCAUACCACUGAAAGCCAAUGGGAAGACCAACAUGAAAGUUAGAAAGAAGCCUUUCAAGUCACAUAUCACCAGCAUGCAUCUUAGUUCCCUCAUCUUUGGUACUGCAUUAUAUGUGAGAAGGAAGAGAAAACAAAAACUUAGAAAACAUUGCAUUUCACAUAUCAAUAAUAGGAGUUUGGAGUACUUGAAUGGGGAACAUGCACUACCAAGCAGCCUUGGUCCUACUUCUGAGCAAGCAAAGGUUUUGACUACCAGAGUUUCGCUCCAUAAGAAGAUAUUGACGUGUGUCUCUGAUGUAGAGGUCUACAAUUCAGGUGUAAAAGGUCAACUGGAUACUGGAGACUUGCAAGGUAGAAUGGUUAAUGAAGUACCUAAAGAGAGAGCAGGGAAUGUUGAAACUGUACUGAUGAGUGAUAAGCAGCUUGUAAAAAUUAGUAGCUCCACCUCAUUAGGGAAUAAAUUUGAUGUUGGAGAAACUAUUGGUCUCAAAGAUCUAAAGCAGAGUGGUCUGAUGAACAUGCUCACCAGAGGAUUAGAGGAGACAACAGUCGUACGUUGGGAUGGCAAACAAAUUUCUCCUUUGGACGUUACUGAACCAGGAAAUGAGUGUGUCAAAAUUGGCUACAUUGGGGAUGAAUGGGAUGAGCAUUAUGAUCAGGGUAAGAGGAAGAAGGUAAGGAGUUCCAAACUCAACUUUGAUGGCCCAAAUCCAUUCCAAGAAAUUGCAAGCAAAAAGGCAAAGCUGAAGAGAGCAAAGCUGGCCAAUCAACCGAUUAGAAUAUGAGUGAGUUUAAAAGUGUGUGUAGACAUUAUUCAUGGAGGCAACAUAUUGUGGAGGCUUAAGAAUCUAAAGGUGUCCACCCCAGUUUUGUAUGUUGGGGAGUUACCAAACAUUCAUCAGUGUGUAGAGUUGGAAACAUAUAUGAGCAUCUUGUCUGAGAAAUCUGCCAAAGAUUAUAGCCCAUUUUGCAGGUUCAUCUUUUGGGCUAAUUUUUGUCGCUGUUUAGUGAAACCGUUUUUUUUUUUUUUUCC